CCAAGUAUUGCUACAACAUAUAACAACAUUGGUCGUGUCUAUAAUGAUCAAGGCAAGUAUGAUGACGCUCUAUCAAUGUAUAACAAAUCACUCAAGAUUAAUCUAACACAACUUGGCGACAAUCAUCCAAGUAUUGCUACAACAUAUGACAACAUUGGUCGUGUCUAUAAUGAUCAAGGCAAGUAUGAUGACGCUCUAUCAAUGUAUAACAAAUCACUCAAGAUUGACCUAACACAACUUGGCGACAAUCAUCCAAGUAUUGCUACAACAUAUAACAACAUUGGUCGUGUUUAUAAUCAUCAAGGCAAGUAUGAUGACGCUCUAUCAAUGUAUAACAAGUCACUCAACAUUAACCUAACACAACUUGGCGACAAUCAUCCAAGUAUUGCUACAACAUAUAACAACAUUGCAAGUGUCUAUGAUCAUCAAGGCAAGUAUGAUGACGCUCUAUCCAUGUAUAACAAGUCACUCAAGAUUAAUCAAACACAACUUGGCGACAAUCAUCCAAGUAUUGCUGAUACAUAUAACAACAUUGCAAAUGUCUAUAAAGAUCAAGGCAAGUAUGAUGACGCUUUAUCAAUGCUUCUGUAA